GCAAUCUCGCUUUUGUGUGGGCGGGUAAGCAGGUGAGGCAGGUAAGGGAGGUUACAAGUUGCAUGUCACAGUAAAAGAACAAGGAGGGAAAAAUGGUAGGGGAGAUAGGAUGUCGAAAUAGCAAUCAUGAACGUCACUAGCUGCUGCCUUACCUGACAACUACACACAGUUUGGAGGAAGACCAUCUGAAGCCACAGAAGAAACAGGAGCAUGGAGCUUCACUGGUGGAAAGCUGUGUUUGUUACAGGGGCUGUUCUCCUGAAUGCCACAGGCUCACUCUCCCAGUCUGUGUGUGGUCAAGCUCCCUUCAACACCAAGAUCGUAGGUGGGCAAACUGCUAAUAGUGGCGCAUGGCCUUGGCAGGUCAGCAUCCAGUACAGUAGAGGCCAUUUCUGUGGUGGAAGCCUGAUCAAUAACAACUGGAUCCUGUCAGCUGCUCACUGUUUCCAAAGUUCCAUCACCAAUUACCCAAGUGCUCUCACAAUCUAUCUGGGAAUGGCAAGCCUUCAGGGGACCAACUCAAAUAGCCAGAUACGUUCUGUCACUCAAAUCAUCAAUCACCCCAGCUAUUCUGCCAGUACCCAUAACAAUGACAUUGCGCUUCUUAAGCUUGCCUCUUCGGUCACCUACACCGACUACAUCCAGCCAGUGUGCCUGGCAGCAGCUGGCAGCUCUCUGGGUGGUGGCACUCUUGUCUGGAUCACAGGAUGGGGAAACAUUGGCACUGGUGUGAGCCUGCCAUCUCCUCAGAACCUACAGGAGGUGGAAGUGCCAGUUGUCACCAACAGUAACUGUGCAGAUUCCUAUGGAAGCGGUGCCAUCACAAGCAAUAUGAUAUGCGCUGGCCUAACUGAAGGGGGAAAGGACUCAUGCCAGGGUGACUCUGGAGGUCCAAUGGUCAUUAAGCAGAACUCUGGCUGGACCCAGGUUGGUAUUGUAAGCUUCGGUAAUGACUGCGCCCUACCCAAUUACCCCGGGGUGUACGCCAGGGUGUCUCAGUACCAAGACUGGAUCAACAGUUAUACCAGCAGCAACCAACCUGGAUACGUGACAGUCACCGCCAGCAGUGCCUCCAAGCUCUUCUCUCUAUCUCUGUCCCUUUCUUUCCCCUUCCUCCUCUCCCUCUACAUCUUUUCCUGAAAAAGAUCAAGAGACAAACACAAGACCAGCUAAAUUGAAAAACAUAUUGUGUAUGUCUUACUGAAGGACUAAAUGUGCCAAAGUGUAGAAUGACAGUUGCACUUCCUGUAGCUUUUUGAAGGAUCUGUACUUUACAUGUGUAAUUAUAUGUGUAAUUCUGUUUUUGACAACACUUCUAUCCAACUUCGUGAUGUACUGUAUUUUCUAAGCUGUAAAUAAAGUCCAAAAGGUGGAGGCAUUUAUGGA